AUGAAACGGAAGAGGCAGACUGACGACUCGUCCUCCAACAUGAGUCGGAGCAAAAAACGCACUUUCCCCCCUCCUUUGCCCGAGGGUGAAGAACCCUCAGAUCUUUACCAGAGUGUCAAGAAAACCAGCAAAUACCCACCCAUCCUCCACCCCAAUGCAACAAAUGUGGCAAUUCCUUACAAAGAGCUGAAUCACCAACGCACUCCCAGUGAGUCCAUCCGCAGCGAACGACCGCUAAGUCCGACAGAGCAAAUAGGUAUCAUCCAAGGUAAAGAGGAGAAGAAGAGAAAGAUGGAGCCAGUACCCAAUGACAGUGAUCUCGAAAGGUACAUGUACUACGUCACCACUGGUGUCCCCGACUCAGUGGUGGUUCCACAGUCACGCGAGCAGGUUAUGGACAUCAUGGCCCUCCUGCCUCCCGACGACAAUGCUAAAAGUGUCCAGAGAGCUAAGGCUUUCUUGGAGGAGGAGGUCAACAGAGAUUAUUACUACAGCCUCAAGAAGAGCAUUGUGGACUACAUUCUGAUGGACCCAUCAGAACGCCAGCGGCUGUCGAUAUCCAACAUUCCUAAAUCCUUCCCGAGGAGUGUGAUUCGUGCGCCUGUGCCCUGGACAGAAAAUUACAGGAGCGCCUUCAUGUGGCAAAGCCAGCAUCUCUUCACCGUCAACCCUGUGAUGAUUAUGCUGCGGGAUGUUUGGCUAAAAGGCUUCUCAGCUUUGAGAUUUGUCAGACUUGAGGAUCUUUACUCUGCCAACCUCCCCCUCCUGCCGUCUGAGUUUGAGGAGUUUGUCCAGGUCCAGUGCCAAAACACCAGAGAAGAGCUACUCCAAAAAUGGCUGCCUGAUUGUGCAACACUGUUGGACGACUUCAAUGACCUGUGGCUACCCCUCGUAAAUGAGGAGGAGCAGAUGGCUCUAGUCCACGUGCAGGAAUUCUUCAACUGCGUGGCUGCACUCAUGUCGUUGCAGCUCCGAAGCCUGGUCAUGGAGUCGAUACAGGACUUACUGUUUUUCUUCUCGAUACACAAGGAGGGAAAUGACUUUGGAGACGUGUUUGAUUAUAUGAAGUAUUUUCAGACUCAGGUCCUGUUGGUUAAGCUGCAAGCCGAUGAACCCAGCAUUAACUUUUGUCCAAGCUUCCCUGAAUGUUGGGAGCUUAUUUACAGAGCUUUCAUGGAAAUCCUUAAGAGUGCUGAGAAACUGCCGAGGGUGGAGUGCACCCUCUUUCCCGAUAUCAACCACCUGUACCUUCGCACGGUGGGGCCUGACGAAAACUUGGUCACAGACCUACUAAACAAAGUUGAGGACAUUUUAAACAAGAACACCGUUGGACCUAAGAAGUAUUUGAAUGUUUAUCAGAAAUACAGCAAUCUACUGGACAAUACAGCAAAGCAGGAGAUAGCAGCGUUCCUCGACGAGGAGAACAUGUUAGAAGAUUUUAAUAGCAAAAUUGAAAGCAUAAACGACACGUGGAAGGAGAUCGCUUCGCUACCUGCCAUGGUGCCUCUGUCCAUGUUUUGUCUGGAUGCUAGCAAGCUAAAUGAAGACCUGUGUGACCGUUGUGAAAGACUCGUAGACAAGAUUGUAAUGUUUGAAGUGGAAGAGAACCGAACGCUUAACAAAGGGAUCUGUCAAAAAUAUGAACACAUUACAAGGACUGUCAGAAAAGAACCAGAAAACACAGAGGAGGUGGUGUUUCUCAGCAAAUACAUUAAAGAGACAACUGAGUCGACCAUUUAUAGGCUGAAAGAGGAGACGGAUGAAGCAAGAGACCGUCUCAUCUUCCUCCUGGACCAUGCCACACUGUCACCUAAUGACAUAACACUGAACUCGCACGUUUUCCAGUGGCCCAGGCAAGUCCUGACUGAGCUUGAUGACAGCAAGUCUCGUCUGACCACCUUAAGAGAAUGGGUUGAGGACACGCUCCAAAAGAGGAUUAAAGAUUUUGACAAGAAGCUGCAGGAUACGGAUAAAGAGAUUCAUACUUUUAAAAAGAAAGAAUCGAUGGAAUUCGACGAGAUAAAAAAUAAUGUGGAAGUUCUCUCUGAAAUCUCUGCCAACCUUGAGGCUGCUGUUACUGAACUCGAGGAAAUCAACAGGGAGCAGGAGUUGCUGAACAAGGACCAGAGCCAAUUCCCUAUGCUGCAAGUUAUGUUAGCUGACAAACAGCCACACGAACAGCUCUGGAACGCAGCAUUUAACUUUGAGAGCAACUCCACAGUGUGGAUGAACGGUCCUUUCCUUAAUCUGAAUGCUGAGAGCAUCUCUGAGGAGCUGGAUGUUAUGUUUAGGACGAUGCAUAAACUGAACAAGACCUUCUCUGAUUUUGUUGGGCCUUCAAGUGUGUCCCAGUCAUUCAAAAAAAGAAUAGGCCAGUUCAAGAAGUACCUUCCCAUCCUGACUACCAUCUGUAAUCCCGGUAUCAAAAGCCAUCACUGGGAGGAGAUUAGCGGCAUUGUGGGCUUUGACGUCAAACCAGAUGCUAACAGCUCACUACAGGACAUGUUGGAACUAGGCCUAGCUGAGCACACUCAUAAGCUGGAAGACAUUGGAGCAAUAGCCAGUAAGGAGUUCUCCCUGGAAAAAACCUUGAACAACAUGAAAACUGAAUGGGCUGAUCUCCACUUCACUUUCAGUCAAUACAGAGAUACAAAUAUGAAAAUUGUAUCAGCUGUGGAUGAUAUCCAGCUGCUACUGGAUGACCACAUUAUGAAAACACAGACCAUGAAAGCGUCACCUUUUAUUAAGCCAAUGGAGAGUGAAUGCAAGGAAUGGGAAGACAAGCUGGUGAGCAUGCAGGACAUCUUGGACUCCAUGCUGACGUGUCAGGCCACUUGGCUUUAUCUCGAGCCCAUCUUCAGUUCUGAGGACAUCAUUGCGCAGAUGCCUGAGGAGGGACGCAAGUUUGCCAUUGUGGACGGCUACUAUAAGAAUAUCAUUGCAGGGGCUGUUAAAGAUACACACGUGCUGGUGGCUACAGAUCAGCCCAACAUGCUGGAACGUCUGCAGGAGUCCAAUGUGCUCCUAGAUGAUAUCCAAAAAGGCCUCAAUACCUACCUGGAAAAGAAGAGACUGUAUUUCCCAAGGUUCUUCUUUCUGUCAAACGAUGAGCUGUUGGAGAUUCUGUCUCAGACCAAAGACCCCCUGUGUGUACAGCCUCACCUGAAGAAAUGCUUUGAGGGCAUUGCCAAACUGGAAUUCACAAAGAAAUUGGAGAUCACAGGCAUGAUUAGCUCUGAGAACGAGACUAUACCCUUGACAGAAAUGAUUGUUCCAGCAGAUGCCAAAGGUAUGGUGGAGAAGUGGCUACUGCAGGUGGAGCAUCUGAUGCUCAGGAGUGUUCAAGAUGUUAUCCACCAAGGCGUGCUUCAGUAUGCAGAGUUGCACAGAAAGGAGUGGGUGUUGCAAUGGCCAGGCCAAGUUGUCAUCUGUGCUUCCUCCAUCUAUUGGACAAGUGAAGUGUCUGAAGCCAUCAAGACCAAGACCCUGUCCAACUAUGUUGAUAAGAGUAAUGAACAGAUUGCUGAUAUUGUGGAACUGGUGCGAGGGAAACUCCGAGGCGGGGCAAGGAUGACCCUUGGUGCUCUUAUUGUGAUUGAUGUACAUGCUCGAGAUGUGGUGACAGAACUAGCUGAGGACGGCAUCUCCUCGCUGAAUGACUUUGCUUGGAUUUCUCAGCUGCGUUACUUUUGGGAGGACAAUGAUGUGAUGCUACGCAUGAUCACUACUUGUGUAAAAUAUGGCUAUGAGUAUCUGGGAAACUCCCCACGUCUGGUCAUCACACCACUCACAGACCGCUGUUAUAGAACUCUAAUGGGGGCCUUGAAGCUAAACUUAGGAGGAGCACCAGAGGGUCCUGCUGGAACUGGCAAGACUGAGACCACAAAAGAUUUGGCAAAGGCUUUGGCUAAGCAGUGUGUGGUUUUUAACUGCUCUGAUGGUCUGGACUACAAAGCCAUGAGUAAGUUCUUCAAAGGGCUGGCUCAGUCUGGAGCAUGGGCCUGCUUUGAUGAGUUCAAUCGUAUUGAGGUGGAGGUGCUCUCUGUGGUGGCCCAGCAGAUCCUCUGUAUUCAACAGGCCAUUGCCAAGGACCUGAAGACCUUCCUUUUUGAAGGGACUGAGCUGUCACUAAACCCCACUUGCAAUGUCUUCAUCACCAUGAACCCUGGUUAUGCAGGCAGAGCCGAACUCCCUGACAACCUGAAAGCCCUUUUCCGAACAGUGGCUAUGAUGGUUCCAGAUUAUGGACUCAUUGCAGAGAUCUCACUAUACUCUAUGGGCUUCAUUGAAUCUCGCAGCCUUGCCCAGAAGAUUGUUGCCACAUACCGUUUGUGCUCUGAGCAGCUGUCCUCCCAGCACCACUAUGAUUAUGGCAUGAGAGCUGUGAAGUCUGUGUUGACUGCAGCAGGGAAUUUAAAGUUAAAGUACCCAGAGGAGAAUGAGAGUGUACUGUUGCUUAGGGCGCUAAUGGACGUGAAUAUGGCCAAGUUUCUGGCACAGGAUGUGCCUCUGUUUGAGGGUAUCAUCUCUGAUCUAUUUCCUGGGGUUGUACUUCCAAAACCAGACUAUGAACUCCUCCUCAAAGCUCUCAAUGACAACAUUGAAACGUACAACCUUCAGCCUGUCACAUGGUUUAUUGGCAAAAUUAUUCAGGUAUAUGAAAUGAUGUUGGUACGUCACGGCUUUAUGAUAGUAGGAGACCCUCUUGGAGGAAAGACUUGCUCUUAUAAGGUUCUUGCAGGUGCUCUCAAAGAUCUUUACAAUGCUAAACAAAUGGAUGAGUUUGCAGUGAACUACAGCAUCAUCAAUCCCAAGGCCAUCACCAUGGGUCAGCUGUAUGGUUGCUUUGAUCCCGUCAGCCAUGAAUGGUCUGAUGGUGUACUGGCCACCACCUACAGAAAUCAGGCUAUGUCCACCUCAGACUAUCGACAGUGGAUCAUCUUUGAUGGGCCCAUUGAUGCUGUCUGGAUUGAAAACAUGAACACUGUGCUUGAUGACAACAAGAAGCUAUGUCUAAUGAGUGGUGAGAUUAUACAAAUGAGUUCCAAGAUGAGUCUGAUAUUCGAACCUGCUGACCUGGAGCAAGCCUCUCCAGCUACCGUCAGUCGUUGUGGAAUGAUAUACAUGGAACCUGACCAGCUGGGCUGGACUCCUCUCAGAGAUUCUUACAUGAAUACACUGCCUGAGUGCCUGAGUUGUAAACAAAGGGAGCUAAUCGUGGACUUAUUUGAUUGGAUAGUUCAGCCAUGUCUAGAUUUCAUAGAGAACCAAUGUCUAUUUGUUAUUCAAACAUCUGCCAUUCACUUGGCCCAAAGUCUUAUGAAGCUGUAUACUUGCCUGAUGGAUGAAAUCACUGCAUCUGCAACAGGUGGCAAACAAGCUAUGUCCAGCGAGCAGAUAACCAUGUGGUUGCAGGGCCUGUUUUUGUUUUCAGCUGUGUGGUCUCUCGGUGGAACUAUCACUGGGAAAAGUCGAAAAAAGUUUAAUGUCUUCUACCGCAACCUGAUCACGGGCCUGGAUGAUGAGCACCCUCCCCCUAAAAGUAUUUCUCUGAAAAAGAACAACCUCUUCCCUGAGAAAGGCUCUGUCUUUGACUUCUACUUCCAGAAAAAUGGAAAUGGGCAGUGGAGUGUAUGGACUGACUUAAUCACAAAGGAAGAGAAAGCCAUUACAGCUGAAGCCAAUGUGUCAGACCUCAUCAUUCCAACCAUGGAGACGGCACGUCAGUUGUUUUUCCUCAGCACCUACCUGUCACACGAAAUUCCCAUGCUAUUUGUGGGGCCCACUGGAACUGGAAAGUCUGCUAUCAACAAGAGUUUCUUGGAAAAGCUGCCAAAGGAGAGGUAUACUCCAAACUGUAUCAACUUCUCAGCUCGCACCUCAGCAAAUCAAACCCAAGAUAUCAUCAUGUCAAAGCUGGACCGAAGAAAAAAGGGGGUGUUUGGACCACCUGUGGGAAAGAAAUGUAUUGUUUUUGUUGAUGACCUGAACAUGCCAGCGAAAGAAAUCUAUGGUGCCCAACCCCCAAUCGAACUGCUAAGGCAAUGGAUUGACCAUCAACACUGGUAUGACAAGAAGGACACUUCCAGACUGAACAUAGUAGAUGUGCUGUUUAUGUCUGCAUCAGGGCCCCCCGGUGGUGGGAGCAACGAGGUUACAGGCCGAUUCACUCGUCACUUGAACAUCGUCUUCAUUGAUUGCUUUGAUGACGACACAAUGACAAUGAUCUUUGGCUCCAUCACUGACUGGCACUUCAGCAAAGGUUUUGAUGGCUCUUUCGGGAGGUUAGGAAAAAUCCUGGUCCAGGCAACAACGGCAGUCUAUAAGGAUGCUAUAGACAGCUUCCUCCCCACACCAUCUAAAUCCCACUACAUCUUCAAUCUGCGAGACUUUGCUCGAGUGAUACGAGGUGUACUCCUGGCUCCAUACACUCACAUGAAGGAUGAGGAAAAACUGAUCCGCCUGUGGAUCCAUGAGGUGUACCGUGUUUUCUAUGACCGACUCAUUGAUGAAGAGGACAAGGAGACUUUCUUUGGCAUUGUCAAAGACAAAACCACAAACUUUUUCAAGAAGAGCAUGGAAAAGCUCCUGAGUCACCUUACCAAAGAUGGCAAUGUUGGCGAUGACAGCAUCCGUAGCUUGUUCUUUGGUGACUAUUCUAAUCGUGAUGGUGACAAGAUCUAUGACGAAAUCACAAAUCUGGAGACAUUGCAAGAAGUGAUGGAGAGCUACCUGGAAGACUACAACAGUUGCAGCAAGACACCUAUGUCUCUUGUUCUGUUCAAGUUUGCUAUUGAGCACAUUUCACGUAUUUGCCGUGUGUUGACACAAGAGAAUGGCCACCUUUUACUUGUUGGCAUUGGUGGAUCAGGGCGUCAGAGUGCCACUAAGUUGGGCACCUUCAUAAAUGAGUACAUACUGUUCCAGAUAGAGCUGACCAAAACCUACAGCAUGUCAGACUGGCGAGAUGACCUGAAGCGGAUGAUGCUCAAGUCAGGCAUUGAAGGCCAUCAUUCAGUUUUCUUGUUCAAUGACAGCCAAAUUAAAGAUGAGGCCAUGUUGGAAGACAUCAACAUGCUGCUUAACACUGGUGAUGUGCCAAACAUCUUUCCUAUGGAAGAACGUGUUGAGAUCCUUGAGAAAGUGCAGGGAAUUGCACGUAUGGAGGGUAAAAAGAUUGAUCCUAGUCCACUUUCCUUGUACAAUUUUUUUAUUGACCGAGUGAAGGCCAACCUUCAUAUAGUGCUAGCCAUGAGUCCCAUUGGUGAUGCAUUUAGGAACCGCCUUAGAAUGUUCCCAUCCCUAAUCAACUGCUGCACAAUUGACUGGUUUCAUGCGUGGCCAACUGAUGCUCUUGAGAUGGUGGCCUACCGGUUCCUGGAAGAUGUGGAAAUGGAGAGUGACAUUAGACAAGAGGUGGUGGAGAUGUGCAAGAACUUCCAGACACGCGUUAAGGAGAUGUCUCAGUCUUUCUUCUCCAGAUUAAGAAGACACAACUAUGUCACACCCACUUCCUACCUUGAACUCAUCCUCACCUAUAAGACUCUGCUCGAUAUAAAGAGGAAUGAAGUAGAUACUGCGAGGAACCGUUAUAUAGUUGGUCUUGAGAAACUAGAAUUUGCUGAAUCCCAGGUCACAGUAAUGCAGGAGGAGCUGACAGCAUUGCAACCAGAUCUCAUUCAAACCUCUGCUGAGACAGAUCAGAUGAUGCUUAAGAUAGAGGGAGAAACAAAAGAAGUUGAUGCAAAGAAAUUAGUAGUGUCUGGCGAUGAGAAAGUGGCUAACGAAGCAGCAGCAGCAGCUAAAGUCAUCAAGUCAGAGUGUGAGCAAGACUUGGCAGAAGCUAUGCCUGCUCUGGAUGCUGCACUGUCAGCCCUGGAUACCUUAAAACCUGCUCAUAUUACAGAAGUUAAGUCUAUGAAGAACCCACCUGGUCCAGUCAAACUAGUCAUGGAGUCUAUCUGUAUAAUGAAAGGCAUUAAACCUGAGAAGAAACCAGAUCCUGGUGGGUCGGGUAAGAUGGUUGAAGAGUUCUGGGGCCCUUCAAAGAAACUCCUGGCAGACCAAAAGUUUUUGGAAAGCCUCAAAACAUAUGACAAAGACAACAUUCCUUCUGCUUUCAUCAAAAAAAUCAGAGAUAAAUAUAUUGACAACCCUGAUUUCCAGCCCACUGUUAUUAAAAAUGUGUCCUCUGCUUGCGAGGGUCUCUGUAAAUGGGUGCGGGCUAUGGAAGUAUAUGAGCGUGUGGCCAAAGUCGUUGCCCCAAAGAAGGAGAAAUUGAAGGAGGCUGAGGAUGAGCUUGCGACACAGAUGGAGAUGUUGGCUGUGAAGAGAGGUGAGCUAAAAGAAGUAGAGGACAGACUACAGACCUUGAACGAUGAUUUGGACACCAUGAUUGAAAAGAAGAAAAAUUUGGAGAACAAUAUUGAUUUGUGUUCCCAAAAACUGGACAGGGCAGAGAAGCUGAUUGGAGGACUAGGUGGGGAGAAAAGCAGGUGGACAGAGGCUGCAAAUCUACUAGAAGUUAGAUACACCAACCUAACAGGUGACAUACUUCUCUCUUCUGGAACUGUAUCCUAUCUUGGAGCAUUUACAGUAGACUUCCGUAAUGAGUGUCAGGAAGAAUGGCACAAAAUUUGCCAAGAGAAAGAAAUUCCUUGCUCCAAGGACUUCACCCUCAUCACCACUCUGGGCAACCAGGUGGCCAUCAGAGCAUGGCAGAUUGCAGGUCUGCCGGUGGACUCCUUCUCAACAGACAAUGGUAUCAUUGCAUUUAAUUCCCGCCGCUGGCCCCUAAUGAUAGACCCUCAGGGGCAAGCAAACAAAUGGAUCAAGAACAUGGAGAAGGAAAAUAAGCUUGCUGUCAUCAAACAAUCUGAUGACAACUAUGUGAGGAUAUUGGAGAAUUCCAUUGCAUUUGGUAACCCUGUUCUUUUGGAGAAUGUUGGAGAGGAGCUUCAUCCCGUACUUGAUCCUGUGUUAUUGAAGCAAACCUACAAACAGGGUGGAAUGAAGUUGAUUAAAAUUGGUGAGAAUAUUGUGGAAUAUUCCAAUGACUUUAAGUUCUACAUAACCACUGGACUGAGGAACCCACACUAUCUCCCAGAAGUGGCUGCUAAAGUCUGUUUGCUGAACUUUAUGAUCACCCCACAAGGCUUACAGGAUCAGCUUUUGGGACUUGUGGUUGCCAAAGAGAGAUCUGAGCUUGAAGAGAAGAAGAACCAGCUAAUUCUGGAGAGUGCUGCCAACAACAAGCAGCUAAAGGAAAUUGAGGAUAAAAUCCUGAAAGUGCUCUCCUCAUCUCAGGGGAACAUUCUGGAGGAUGAAAACGCAGUUAAGAUCUUGUCUUCCUCCAAGGUUCUCUCAGAGGAGAUCACUGAGAAGCAAAAAAUUGCCAGCGUCACUGAGAAAGAGAUUGAUGACACUCGUAUGGGCUACCGUCCUGUGGCAGAGCACUCCUCCAUCCUGUUUUUCUGCAUCUCAACACUGGCCAACAUUGAACCCAUGUAUCAAUACUCAUUGACCUGGUUCAUCCACCUCUACCUGUACUCAAUUGCAGAGAGCACAGAGAGUGAUGAUGUGGAUGAAAGAAUUGCCAACAUUGUUGAACACUUUACCCUCUGCAUCUAUAAAAAUGUCUGUCGCUCACUUUUUGAGAAGGAUAAGUUGCUCUUUUCCCUGCUUCUCACUGUGGGCAUAAUGCAGGGAAAGGGCAAGGUUGACGACGAAGUCUGGCGCUUCCUAUUAACAGGUGGCGUUGCUUUGGAUAACCCUCAUCCUAACCCUGGCCCGGAGUGGCUGUCUGACAAAAGCUGGUCUGAGAUCGUCAUGGGGUCUCGUCUGGGAAAGCUGAAAGGUCUCUUCGAACAUGUUCGAGACAAUGUCUCUGAAUGGAAAAAGCUUUAUGAUUCAGGGCACCCCCAUAAAGCACAGCUACCCGACCAAUGGAAUAAAUUGGAGGGGAUGUGUCGAAUGAUUGUGAUAAGAUGUUUCAGACCAGAUAAAUUGGUUCCAGCAGUGCAGGAUUUUAUACAAGAUAAUAUGGGAAGGGCUUUCAUUGAACCCCCUUCUUUUGACUUGGCAGGGAGCUACAAAGACUCAAACUGCUGCUCUCCUCUUAUCUUUGUGUUGUCACCUGGAUCUGAUCCAACUGCAGGUCUGCUGAGGUUUGCUGAUGACCUGGAAAUGGGGGGCGGUAAGACCCAAACCAUUUCCCUUGGGCAGGGACAGGGACCAAUAGCAAGCGAAAUGAUUGAUCAGGCCAUCAAAGAGGGCACAUGGGUGGUACUUCAGAACUGCCAUUUGGCCAUCAGCUGGAUGCCCAGUUUGGAGAGGAUCUGUGAAGUAACCAUCACCCCAGAGAACACACACCCAAACUUUAGGUUAUGGUUAACUAGUUAUCCGUGUGACAAGUUUCCAGUUAGUAUCCUGCAGAAUGGCCUGAAGAUGACCAAUGAGCCUCCUAAAGGAAUAAGAGCCAACCUGAUGGGCUCUUACCAAAGUCAUCCCAUCUCUGACCCCACGUUCUUUGUAAGCUCCAAAAAACAAGUCAUUUGGCAAAAGCUUCUGUUUGGACUCACCUUCUUCCAUGCAUUAGUACAAGAAAGGAGAAACUUUGGACCUCUGGGCUGGAAUAUUCCAUACGAGUUCAAUGAGUCUGACCUGAGGAUCAGCAUGAGGCAGAUCCAAAUGUUCCUGGAUGAGUAUGAAGAGGUUCCACUGGCAGCCCUCACCUACCUUACAGGGGAAUGCAACUAUGGAGGCAGGGUGACAGAUGACAAAGACAGACGACUGCUGCUCUCCCUCCUAGCUAACUUUUACAACUGGGAGCUAAUUAAGAAGGAAUGCUUCAACCUGUGUGAGGGGGAUUUGUAUUUCGUCCCAGCUCAUGGCCCCUAUGAGAACUACGUGGAAUAUAUUCGAAAUCUACCCAUUUGUGCCGAUCCUUGUGUGUUUGGACUUCACAGUAAUGCUGACAUCACAAAGGACAAUCAAGAAACCAAUCUGCUCUUGCAGGGAGUGUUGUCAACUAUGCCCAGGCAGAUGGGAGGCGGUGCUAAGUCUCCUCAGGAAAUCGUCGAUGAGCUUUCUGAAGACAUCCUAUCCAAGCUGCCACCAGACUUUGACAUUCAAGCGGUGAUAGAAAAAUACCCCGUCAUGUAUGACGAAUCGAUGAACACUGUUCUGAGGCAGGAGAUAAUCCGUUUCAACAGACUCACAGAAGUGGUGCGGGACAGCUUGGUGAACAUCAAAAAGGCUAUAAAGGGUCUCAUUGUUAUGUCUGCUGAACUUGAGAGUAUAUUCAACAGCAUGCUGGUGGGCAAAGUGCCUGUGAUGUGGGCAGCCAAGUCAUACCCCUCCCUCAAGCCAUUGGGGAGUUACAUGGCUGAUCUUUUAGGCAGACUGCAGUUCCUACAAAGCUGGAUAGAUCACGGCCCGCCUGUAGUCUUCUGGCUUUCUGGCUUUUACUUCACCCAGUCAUUUCUCACUGGAGUGUCUCAAAACUUUGCGAGGAAGUACACCAUCCCUAUAGACUACAUUGGUUUUGAAUUUGAGGUAACCAAAGCAGAGCACAGCAUGGAUGAGAAGCCUGCGGAUGGGGCCUACGUCCGAGGCCUUUUCAUGGAGGGUGCACGAUGGGACAGGGAGACCAUGUUCAUUGGAGAGUCUUUCCCCAAGAUACUCUUUGACACUUUACCCAUCAUCAAGCUUUGUCCUGGAGAGAUGUCUAACUUCAAGCAUGAAAACAUCUACCUCAGUCCCGUUUACAAAACUAGCGCUCGCAGAGGGACCUUGUCCACGACGGGACACUCCACCAACUAUGUCAUGUCCAUUGAACUGCCCUCCGACAAGCCACAGAAACACUGGAUUAACCGCGGCGUAGCGUGUCUCUGCCAGCUGGACGAUUAGGAUCUAGGAGUAGUGUGUUCUCAAGGCAGAGGA